UGCCAGCUGUAAAAUUGUUUUGUUUUGGCUGAUUUUGCUAAUUUUACUCCAAAAUCGUAAUUUUGCAAAUCAUUUCGUUGUUUGAACGUGAGAUUGAAGAAUCAUGGAGGCAGGUCUCGAGCACGAAGACCUGUUAAUAAAAUUGCGAGCGAAACUAAACGAAGAAAAGAUCAAGUUGUGGGAGGCCCCAUAUUAUGUCAGCGGUGAUGGGAUAUCACAAAGCCUGAAGGACUUAGCAGCCAAGUAUGCUGCAUCACUAAACAUAAACGAAGACCUAGUCACCCAAGGUCUUCAUGAAUUGCAACUACACUCGCUAGACCGUUUGAAAGCUAAUGAGGAGUUUGCGGAGUCUGGGCUGGCCACGUUGCGGGUGAGGGCCACGGUGCCGGGGGAGAAGCCUGGCGUGCUGAAGAUAUUGAAGAGGCUCAGUAUUAGGGGAGAGGAGCUGGUUGAGUCAAUAGCCGAGCUGCUGAAUGUUGAUAGAAAUAGAGUAAAGUUGAUACACAAUGGAAAACUGAUAAAACCAGAUCCAAGCUUGGAGGAGCAAGGGAUCAAGAAUGGAGCUCAACUUAUGGCACUUGUUAUGGCUGAAUCCCCAGAGCAAGUGACAAAGGAAGACAAGAUGUACAUGGAAAUGAAGUCUACGCUGGACGACGCCACUCUGCUGUCCGAAAACGUCGAAGGGUUUGGUGAUGAUGAUGAAUAUAUGAAGCUUGAAGACCAGUCCGGUAAAACAGUGGAAUUACCACCAGCAGAGAGAAAGGCUUUGCUAGUAGGGUUGGCGCUACAUGAGCGCGGGAGAGCCGCCGCUAAGAAGAAGGACUAUUCGCUGGCUCUUGUACUAUUGCUGGAGGCUGAUCGCCAGUUGAAUGAAUGCAGGUCCACGAUCCUGAGUUCGGUAGACAACGUGGCUGUUCUUCAGUUGGACAUAGCAUGGUGCUACCUGUGCCUACAGAACCUUUCCUCGGCCAACGACGCGGCGACGAGAUUGGCUCGCGCUGAGAAAUCCUUCACUGCGACCUACGGGGAGGACCAGCAGAGGCUGAUUGCACUUAAAGGGACUAACGCAAAUGAGCGCGUGCUGUUCAUGCGUCUAUACUUGCUGCAAGGUAUCGUGGCGUACCAUCAGAACAAGCGCGCGCAAGCCAGGACCUUGCUGGAGAAAUCCGAGGCCGAACUCAAAUAUCUCAAGGUGGAUGAAACUUCAGUUCAAGCGCUGAUGGAACUGGGCUGGUCCCGGGGACAGGCCAUGACGGGGCUGAGGGCCACUGGAGGUGACCUGGACAGAGCACAUCACUACUUGGAAGACAGGCGGAGGGAGCGCGAAGAGGCGCGGGAGAAGCAUAGACAAGAGAGGGAACAGCGCAAACUCGGCAUCUGCGAAGAUGGUUCCGCAGUGAAACCGCAGUUAGUGGAAGCUCUACAAGCCAUGGGCUACACGCGGCGGCUCGCAGUCUGCGCGCUGCGGAACUCUAACAACGUCGUUGCGGACGCUGUCAGGCUUAUACAGGAGCAACCCGAGUUGUUAGUGGAUAGCGAUGACUCGGACGACACGGAAACCCCAAGCUCGGACGAUUCACUCGUGGAACCCGAUAACAAACUCGUUGCGGAGUUGGAAGCGAUGGGGUACCCCGUAGACGAAGCCCGCAGUGCGCUGCGUCUAGCACAUAACCACAUCAGCAAAGCCGUUGACUUGCUUGUGGGCUGGUGCUCUCAACCAUGCGAUCCGACAAACCCGUCCACGAGUGCCGCGAUGGUUUCGCGAAAGAAGCAGAAGCAAGAAAUCAGAGAAAAAAGGAGAAAACAGCGCGAGUUGGCUUUGCGUCGCCUCAAGACUGCAAUACGGACUGAUGAAGACGACUACCUGAGCGCUUCGCUGGCUGAAGAAGAACAAUUUCUGGCGCAGUACAAAUCACUUCUUUGAGACUCAUAUACUUUUAUACUAGCCCAACCGCCCAGACUUUGCUCGGAUGGAAUAUUUGGGUUUGUUGCAGAAAACCCAAGCCAGCCAUAGUCCUCCAGCGUGGCCGACUAUGGCCCAAACCCUUAUCAUUCUGAGAAGAGACCCGUGCUCAGUAGUUGACUGGUAAUGGGUUGAUUAUGAAAAUACUAUUUUGUGCAAUUACACCGACCGUUUUGUUCGCCAGGUCAUCAAACCUGAGGGUGGUUUUUGAGGUUAACAUUGGUAAAAUAUGUUAGUCACUUAAUGGUACUGGAGUAUUCGCAAUACCAAUAUAAAAAGAAAAGGACUAAACAACCUUAAUUUAAUUUAGAACUGUCAAAACUCGUAACUUUAGUUUCCAGUCGUGAGCCUAUUGGUUUUUGUAGAGUAGCAACCUAAAAAUCAAUUUCUGUCCUUUUUUAGCAAUAUUAAAAAGAAAAGGAUGCAGAUACAAUUUAGUUCUUUGCGUGUCUAAUUUAUAUGUAUAGAUUUUGUCGAUGGUCUAUUCUUAUACAUACUCGUAUUAUAUAGUAUAUUAGAUAAAAGAAAUGUGUAUCUAACGGCAAUAAAUAAAAAUGUUUACUGUUAAA